UAUUAUCGUGUACUCGUACUUGCGUAUUACUGUACCUGGGUAAUUACAGUGGGCAGUGGACACUGGACAGUGGAUUGUGGACUGUGUACCAACAUUCCUGGCCCUUUACACACCUAUUACACCUUCCUCCGUUUGUUCCCCAGAUAUCCUUUAACACUCCGUCGGAAUCACGGCCUCAACCUGACACACUCGCUCCACCAAAACAUCAUCCUCCUCACUCUCCCCAACCCUUCUCUUCUACUUUCCACACCACUCACCCUCUCGUUACGAAUAAUCUUUUAUUUCUACGCCAUAGACUUAAAACUUAAACUAAACAACAUUCCUAACCCUCGCUUUGAGCAGGCUCGUCUGGAGGUGACGACCAUUACGACGACCCCAUGGAUUCGCGACGACCUGGUCGCACUCCCUCACCAGGGCACCCUCUCCAAAGCUACCAACUCGAUGACAGAUAUGGCUCCAGCGCCGGUCCUCUAGAAAUCCCAAUGGGUCCUGGCCCAGGGCCUGGCACACCUAGCGAUCGUUUACAGCUGCAACCAAGUUACUCGGUAGAAAACAUCCCGUACGGACACACCGAUUACCACGACGACUACCGACCGCAACCUCACCACCAGGGUAGCGACUACUCCCUCGAUCCUCAACAGCACGCCGAUGCCUACUACCAACCACCAUACAACCCAGCCCACUCGCCGCACGAAGAUGCAGGUCAUCCAUACGGCGCACAGCCAGACCACUACUGGCAGGAUGAUGACGACAGGCGGCCCAUGAUCGGGGGAGGAACAGCUUAUGGACCAGAUCCUCACGACGGGCCAGAUCUGGGCCCAGAUAACGGAUAUCACGAUGAACCACAACCUCAGCCCACACCUAGUCCGGCUCCCAUCAAGCGUUGGAAGACGGUCAAGGAGGUGCAAUUGUUCAAGGGCAAUCUCGUCCUCGAUUGCCCCAUCCCCCCACGACUGCUGAACCAAGUCCCACAUGCACAGCCUCCCGAGCGUGACGAGUUUACUCAUAUGCGCUACUCCGCGGCGACUUGCGAUCCUGCUGAUUUUGCGGCAGAGCGCUUCACGUUGCGCCAGAAGCUUUUCGCCAAGCCCAGGCACACGGAGCUCUUCAUUGUCGUUACUAUGUAUAACGAGGAGGACGAGCUGUUCGCGCGAACCAUGAUUGGUGUAAUCAAGAACAUCGAAUACAUGAAUUCGCGCACCAACAGCAAGACCUGGGGCAAGGACGCGUGGAAGAAGAUCGUGGUUUGCGUCGUAAGCGACGGACGUGCCAAGAUCAACCCUAGGACUCGCGCCGUUUUGGCUGGUUUGGGUGUCUAUCAGGAUGGUAUCGCCAAGCAGCAAGUCAACGGCAAGGAUGUGACGGCACAUAUCUACGAGUACACAACGCAAAUGGCUAUUGACAUCAAGAAGGGCGUUGUCGGCGUACGGAAGGGAAACACGCCCGUGCAGAUGCUCUUCUGCUUGAAGGAAAAGAACCAGAAGAAGAUCAAUUCCCAUCGAUGGUUCUUCCAAGCUUUCGGCUCCGUCUUGGACCCCAAUAUCUGCGUCCUCAUCGACGCAGGAACGAAACCCGGCAAGGAUUCGAUUUACCAUUUAUGGAAGGCGUUUGAUCUCGAACCGAUGUGCGCAGGUGCCUGCGGUGAGAUCAAGGCCAUGCUGGUACACGGAAAGAAGCUGCUCAACCCACUCGUCGCAACACAGAACUUCGAGUACAAGAUGAGUAACAUCCUGGACAAACCUCUGGAGUCUGCCUUUGGUUUCAUUACUGUCCUUCCCGGUGCCUUCUCUGCUUACCGAUACGUUGCGCUCCAGAACGACAAGACUGGAAACGGCCCGCUGGAGAAGUAUUUCGCCGGUGAGAAGAUGCACGGAGCCAAUGCCGGAAUCUUCACCGCCAACAUGUACCUCGCUGAAGAUCGUAUUCUCUGUUUCGAGCUGGUGUCCAAGAGGAACUGUCACUGGAUCCUGCAGUACGUCAAGUCCGCCAACGGUGAGACUGACGUGCCUGUGGAAAUGGCCGAUUUCAUUCUUCAGCGUCGACGUUGGCUCAACGGUUCUUUCUUCGCUGCUGUUUAUGCCUUGGCCCACUCGUUCGACAUCUUCCGCAGCGAUCACUCCUUCAUUCGAAAGAUGAUGUUCUUGGUUGAGUUCGUCUAUCAGACCAUUAGUAUGAUCUUCGCUUGGUUCGCUCUUGGUAACUUCUUCUUGGUCUUCCGCAUCCUCACGAAAUCGCUCGCAUCGGAAAUUGGUACUGCUGGAAACGUUCUGUUCAUCGUCUUCGAAUGGUUAUACAUUGGCGUCUUGAUUACAUGUUUCAUCCUCGCGCUUGGCAACAGGCCGCAAGGUUCGAAUAAGUUCUACAUGACGAUGGUGUAUUUCUGGUGCUUGAUCAUGGCCUACCUCAUGUUUGCCUCCAUCUUCAUCACUGUGCGAUCCGUGCAAUCGCAGAUCAAGGAGAAUAACGGGUUCAACUUUGCCGACAUCUUCAAAGACAGGAUCUUCUUCACGCUCGUCGUUUCGCUGGCCUCGACGUACGUCAUGUAUUUCGUUGUAUCAUUCCUAUUCCUGGACCCCUGGCACAUGUUCACCUCUUUCAUCCAAUACCUCCUCAUGACGCCUACGUACGUCAACAUUCUAAACGUCUACGCCUUCUGUAACACCCACGAUAUUACAUGGGGAACAAAGGGCGAUGACAAGGCAGAAAAGCUCCCGUCCGUUACGACCAAAGCCGAUGGUAAAGCCGAUAUUCAAGCGCCCACCGACGACGCCGAUCUGAAUUCCAUGUAUGAGAACGAACUCCGCGUGUUCUCAACCAAAUAUGUCGAGCCCAAGAAGACCCCCUCCCAAGAAGACAAGCAAGAGGAUUAUUACAAGGGCUUCCGAUCUAGCGUCGUCUUGUUCUGGAUGUUCUGCAAUCUAGGGCUCUGCGCAUUGGUGUUGCAAUCCGGUGGAUUGGAGGUCACCGUGUCGUCGGCGGCUGAGGCCGAGAAGAAGAAGAAUAAGGUCGCCGAGAUUUACUUGGGCGUCGUGCUGUGGAGUGUUGCUGGAUUGAGUGCCUUCCGAUUUAUUGGUGCGAUAUGGUUUUUGGUUGUUCGCAUGUUCCGAGGUGUCUAAGUUACGAUUACGACUGGCGUUCCCCCCAAAGACUUUUCCACGAAGUUUCCCAACAACGAUCGGGAUGGGCAUUUGCAUGACCUUGCUUGUUUUCGAUUCUUCU